AUGUUGUUCUCUAAGUCUUUAUCUACUCUCCUUACUCUCAUCGUUGGGUUUCAGCAAGUCGUUGACGCUACGCCACGAUAUUGUCCACCUUAUGGUCCUGUUUUGCCUGCGCCGAGGCAAGCGAGUCAGCAUCCCGCCGUGCAAUAUGCCGUUGACACCAUUACUACUGUUCUGAAGGGGCAAACCGCAGGCUUCAAUCUAUCUGGUGUCUCUGUUGGCGUCAAGUCCAUUUACGAGGAUGACCGGUUGCUUGACUUCCACUACACGCCUUCAACCAUGAAUCCGAUGGUAGGUGUGGAGAAAAUCAAUUCCAGUAUUGUCUAUCGUCUUGGAAGCAUUUCCAAGGUGUUCACAGUUCUUGCGGCUUUGCGUCUGGCAGAGGAUAAGGUGUUGAGCAUGAAUGAUCCUGUGACUCGCUGGAUUCCAGAACUUGCUCACGGCGAAGGCUCUCAUUCCGGCGAUGAGCUAGAUGUUAUCCACUGGGACGACGUCACUGUCGGCGACGCUGCGGCACAUCUGUCUGGCCUUGGCGGAGAUAUGACGACUGAUAUUUCUGCUUUCCCCUUCGACUGGGAAGCUCUUGGCCUCCCGAAGCUGUCCAAGAAUAACAAGAUCCCAUCUUGCAAAGGUCUCCCAGGAGUGCCAGUCUGCACCCGAAAAGACUUCCUCAACAUUUUCAAAUCGUACCGUCCUCCCGUAUACCAACCUAGCCAAUCGCCAGUCUACUCCAAUGCAGGAAUCAGUCUCGUCGGUCUUGUCAUCGAGGCAGCAUCAAAGAAGCCCUUUAACGCUGCUAUCAACGAUCUGGUUCUUAAACCCCUAGGUCUCAAGCAAACAUACUCCGGUAUCGUCCCAGAGAACUCGAAAAACAUGUUCAUUCCUGCUGGAAGCGCUGACUGGGACGCUGAUAUCAGAAUCUUUGCUCCGCAAGUUGCCGGCGCGAUAGGCUCUAGCACAGGCGAUAUGCUCUCCUUCGUGACCAGUAUUCUGAAGGACAAAGCUCUUUCUCCAUCAAACACCCGUCGCUGGCUCAAACCAAACACUUUUACAUCAACGUGGAGUGCGUCCGUCGGAUCGCCUUGGGAGAUCUAUCGUGUCGAUAACCUGACUUCCGACGGUCGCAUUAUCGAUUUAUACACCAAGGGCGGUACGCUAAGCGGCUAUCAAUCCGGUAUGGCCAUGGUUCCUGACACUGGCCUUGCUGUGUCUGUCCUUGGUGCGGGACCAGAGGUUUCCAGUGUUUGGGCACAACUAGCGACUCUUAAUAUUGUAGAGGCACUGGUUCCUGCCAUGGACAUGGCAGCUCGGGAUGAAGCCAAGGCUCGAUUCUCAGGAGUUUACGUCGACGAGAAAACGGGAUCUACGCUUACCCUCUCUUCGGAUGAAGGGCCUGGUCUGGUGCUGAGUAACUGGACUGCCCGAGACUUCGACGUUUUGCCCAACUUGAAUCGCUUCCAGCCUGGAAGGUACAACGAUACAACUGAUUCAGGUAUUAAGAGUGUUCGACUGUACCCAACUGGUAUUGAGAAUGAGUCUUGCGCCGCAUGGAGAGCAGUGUUCCCGACACUCAGUGAUAAUGAGGCUGAGAUGAUUGAAGGUCUAACUAAGGUCAAGGAUGUGACGUGCAUUACUUGGCACAUGCUCGAUCGCUUUAUUUACAAUGGCCUUUCAAUGGACCACUUUGAGUUCAAGUAUGGAAGGGAUGGGAAGGCUGUUAGUAUUAAGUCAAAGGCAUUUGGUGUUGAGAUGAAGAGGGCGGAGAAGAGAGCUUGA